AUGGAGCCAGCUGGAGACGAACAGCCGUUGAUCGACAACAACCCCAUGCUACAAUCCUACUAUUGUUCCAUCGAGUCAAGAAUCGGUUACCGAUUAAUUCUUGGUGGACCACGCCAUUUUGGAUACUACUCACGUGAUACUUGGUUGCCAUUCCCCCUAAGCCACGCGCUCCGCGCUAUGGAGGACAAGCUGGAAGCAUUGCUAGAUCUUGGACGAGGUGCUUAUGUUCUUGAUGCUAGGUGUGGCGUCUGUCAUGUUGCUAUUCACCUGGCAACCAAAUAUGGGUUGAAAGUUCAAGGCAUCGAUAUCAUCGAUCAUCACAUUGUCAAAGCGAGGCGGAAUAUUGCGCACUCCGGUCUCCCUGAAGGACAGGUUGCGAUACGGAAAAUGGAUUAUCACCAUUUAGACGGCUUUGCGGGACGUUUGACGGCGUCUACACAGUGGAAACCUUUGUCCACGCUACAAAGCCUCAGGACGCGCUACGCAAUUUCUUUCGGGUCCUACGUCCUGGAGGGCGCCUUGCGUUGUUCGAAUAUGAUCACAGUCCACUCGAGAAUGCCGAAAAGGCAGCGGUUGAUUCUAUGA